AGUCUUUCGCCCAGGCUUCGGCCCCGCUUCCGGAGGAAGGUGGGAGUCAAUCAUUUUGACAAGUCUCCUGAAAGGAACAGCUAGCAGGAGCUGAAACCUUUUUCCAUUUGGUCUCGUGGCAAAGAGAUCACACCAGCAGCUCCACACAAUAUGACGUGCUCACUUGUGCCCUCUGAACAGUCUUCUGGAACUUCUCUCUUGCCUAAAGACAAUGCCCCAUUUUCUUGGGGUUCCUUGGAUGAGGAUGGAUUAGAUGACUCCUUGCUGGAUCUGUCUGAGGGAGAAGAAGAUGAUGGCCAUUUUAGUUUCACAGAGGAAGAUAUUCAGGAGCUCUUGAAGGAUGAUGACCUUAAAGAUGAUAGCAGGCGUGUUGAGAAGGAAGGGAAAGGGAGUCAAAUUCUAUUUGACACUUCCCAAGAGAAAAAUUCAUUGUAUAGCUUGGGACCAGUAGCUGAGACCCCUGGCCUCUUGAAACUACCUCAACUAAGUACAUCAGUUGGUCAUGGACCAACUCCUACUAAACCAUUAAACAGACACUUUGCAUUAGAAAAGAAUCUUAUAAAAAUAACAGUUGUUACACCAUUUGAUCCAACAGUUUGUGAUGCUGUGCUUGAUAAGGACAAGACUGAUUCAUCCAAAGAUACUGAAAAACCCUCCCUUGGGGAAGAGAUGAGAAAAGAUGGUCUUAGCCCAAAGGAGAACAAACUCUGCACUGAGUCUGAAGGGAUCAGUCCCAGUAAUUCUGCUUGGGAUGUGCCCCCACUCUCUUCUCCUUCAGACAAUGACUUUGAACAAACUGUGUCUGAUAAAAAUAUACCUGACAGUAAGAGAACUACACCUGUGUUCUCUCAGAUCUUGGACCGUUCUGAGACUCCUAAUACGGGGUCAUCCUGGAAAAAUGGAUCAAAUAAAUCAAAUUGUGAAGUGAGGUUUCCGGUUGUUUCCAGUUCAUCAAACAAACAGGAUGUUCUUGACAAGGAUUCGGGGAAGCUUAAAGUCCAUGAGAGAAGACUAGGCAAAGUCAUUCCUGUUCUGCAAGCCAAAAGAAGGACUAAUGUUCCGACGUUUUCACAAUCAGAUCUAGAAAAGCAGAAGGAAAGUUAUCUCAAGGAAGUCAUUGCUCAUAUAGAACACCCGAAGGACACUAACCAAGGUGCCUCGGGGGAACUGUAUGCCCUGAUGGGUCAAGUUUAUCAUAUGCAGAACCCAAAAUGGCAGCAUCCUUCGGACCUCACCAUGAGAAACUACGCUGCUCGGUUCCGGCAGAAACGUCUGCAGAGGUACAGUCUGACUCAGUGGGUCGACAGGAACAGGCGAAGCCACCAUCGGUUCCAGCGUCUCCCAGACUUCCCAUCAAGUCCAUUUGUCUCAUCCCAUCAGCAGUGA